AUGAAUCACACAACCAUUAGAAUUGAUGAUGAAGCAAACAAGAUAUUCAUCAUCCUCGAGAUUAUCGUUCGCCUACUGCUCGCUCUGACGGGUACCGUAGGCAACGCUUUCGUCAUCUACGCCAUAGUGAUGACGCCAAAAUUACGAACCAUACCUAACGCCCUAGUUACAACCCUGGCAGGCUUGGAUUUAACGUCCAGUGCUGUCUUGAUACCUCUCAUGGUCGUUGGCAAGGUAGAAAACAAGUGGCCCUUCGAUGUCAGCUUCUGUCGCGUUCACGGGUUCAUGCUAAUACUCUUCCACGCACUAUCACUCAACGUGCUCGGCCUUAUCGCACUAAAUCGUUUCCUAAACAUCACCAAGCCCCUGCAUAUCUAUCGCAAAUAUACCACUCCGCAGCUUUUCAUCUUACAACUCAUCAUCGCAUUUUUGUUUGCUGGUGUACCUGUCCUAAGCCCAUUCUUUGGCAUUGGAAGCAUGGAUUUCGCUGGUUUCAACCCUAUGCUCGGUCACUGCUCGUUUGGAUACGACGUCGAGGGCGUGUGGGUGUACGAGAUCGUGCUUCUGUCUCUCGGGCUUAUGAUUGGGACAUUCGUCAUCCCAUUCAACUACAUCUUGAUAUGGAAGCAUGUGGGUGCUAGUCGAUCACGGGUUCAUGCAUGGUCGACAACGGCUCUACCUAAGAACAUCGCGGAGCAACAGUCCAACAUUGAAAUAGAUAGUCGAAAUCAAGAAAUAUCUAUUCCCGCCUUUGCCCAAGUUAUUUCAAAUCGCCGUGUACAGCAAAAAGACAACCUUCGAUUGACGAGGAACUUGUGGCUCCCCUUUGUAACUUUCAUGCUGUCCCUCAUACCUUUCUAUGUUUUUGUAAUUUUUGACGAACAUUACACCUUCUCUGUCUGGCUUUGGAGGGCUGUGGAUAUUCUCUUUUGGUCGACUUCUUCGGUCAACCCAUACUUAUACGCCCUGAUGACGUCGAGUUUUCGAGAGGCGUCCAGAAAGCUCAUCGGACUAUCUAAUGUCAAUUCACCAUUACACUCUUAA